AUGUGGAUUUCAUUUAAUCUGGCUACUCUCCUUGCAUUCCUAGGAAGUUUUAACUUAAUGCCACAAAGUGCAGACUCAUAUGAUAUGCUAAAUACAUAUACAGGCGGGUCAAAAGUAGAGGCCCAAUUGGCACGCCCUAUGGAAAAUUUAAUGCAGCCAAAAACAUCUAUACAAAUGGCAGGCAUGCCUAUGCCGAAUAUAACAGAGGGAAUGUCAUAUAUGCUAAAAGACCCAGAAAUGCCAAUGGUUCCAGAAAGAAUUGAGGAUAAUAGGGAUCUAUUUGUAAACUACUUUCCUUCCAUAAGAAAUGCCCCCGAUAUAAAAAUAUAUGACAAACUAUACCAUAUAAAAGACGCACUAAUAAGCCAGAACUUAGAACUUUCUGAUGAAGUAGGUAGAAGCACGAAAAGUGUAAAAGAGGCAAAACUAUCCGGAUUUAUAGGUAUAGCGCAAUUCUCUCCGCACCUAGACAGAUUCAUUACAGACGAGCUAAAACCAAUAAGAGGAGAAAAGACGUCAGACAGAUACAAUUAUAUUGAAAAAAAUAUACAGUCAGCAGAUAUUCUUAAAGCUCUAAGAGAGGAACAAAAAGAGGUGGAGUUCUUUACAAAGGGGCUUAGUUAUACAAUUCAUAUGGUGUCAAAAGUAUACAAAGAACCAGUGGAACAUUUUAAGUACUUAGAAAGUAUAAAUCUGGCAAAAAGUAUUUUGAAAGGAAUUUCACACGGGCGUGCUAUUCGGCUAAUCAAUGUAGAAAAGCUGCAAAAGAGUCUUAUGUUCACAGAAGAGGCAAUUAAUAAUAUUGCUGAAUAUAGAGAAAGUCUAAAAGGCAAUGGAACAGUAUCAACAGAUGCAAAUCAAGGCGUAUUUAGUAAACUGCACAUUAAGCCACAGGAUUUGUUUAACCAUAUAAAGAAAUUGCCAGAAGUAUUUUUGCCUUGCGUUUACGACGUAAGGUAUAAAAGAGUUGUUAUGUCAACUGCAUUAGAGCAGCUUUUUUGGUUUGUUGAAAUUGCUCGAAAAGAGGUUGACCUUCUGGACCCCUCUUCCACUCUGAAGGAGAAUAUAGUAAAAGAUCUUUAUAGAACCGGAGAGAAUAUUAUUGAUGCAAUCAGGCAGACAGCCUUAAUCAGCCCCUAUGGAUUUGACAGCAGUCUACUUCGUGUAGCAGAGAGGACUUUUUAUAGUGCAAUUAAGGGAUAUAUAAAGGUAUCCAAAAUGCUAGAAGCUAUUCUGGACAAUAAUAUAAAAAAUCUCUCUUAUCUCGUUAAAAAAGCAGUAAGAUCCCCGAAUUAUGCAAACACCAACGGAAAAUUACAGUUUAAUCGAGAUAAAAUGGAUGAUCCUUAUCUUGGAGUCCUUUUAGAGCAGAUCUUAUCAAUACUAAAAAUUGAAUUGGCAGUAAAUAAUGCAAAAAGUAAAGGCAUGCUUUCUCUUGAAGCAUCCAUGAUAAAUCGCAUGCUAGAUCGUAUUGUGAGGCCUGUAGACAACUAUAUAGUCAAUAUAUCUCAAAAUAACAGAGAUCUCAGGAAAAAAGCAAUAUUCUAUUCAAGUGUGCUAAGACAAGAGAGGUACAAUCCUUUAUUCAAGGUAUAA